AUGGGCUCCGAUCCGCAAUAUGCGAAAUGGCCUCUCCUGCCGCUGGCCCAGCAUGUUUUUUGUCUCACCAACCCAGACGCCCCCAAGACAGCCCAACAGGCGGCCGCCAAGCAGGUCCAGGAUGCCAUUUCGGAGCACAAGAUGGCGCCCUUCUACCGCUUCCUCGCACACCCGAUAGACGGCGUUCUGAACGGGGUUGGCGAGGGUGGUUCGAGUGCCCCAGGGAAGCCGACAAGCAGGAAGAGCAGUCUUGUUGGUAUGAUCGCGAGCAGGGGUUCGACCGGCAGCAUAAACCUGCCUUGGGACGAGGCCCUGUACCAGUCGCUGCAGGCCGAUAAUGAUAAAGAGCUGGAACAGUUUCAAAAGGAGGAGGAUGACGCUGUGGAGCAAGCCGGUGAGACGGAGAUCCAGGCUGCGCGGGGCAAGAGAGCCGAGUUCUGGGCCAGGGUGGGCGACAAGGACAAAGCCAUCGCGGCAUACGAAGAUGUCUUCGAGAAUACGGGCAUUUUAGGCACUAAAAUCGACCUGGUCCUCGCCAUCAUCCGCAUGGGCCUCUUCUAUGGCGACAAGCACCUCGUCAAGAAGCACGUCGAGCGCGCCAAGGCGCUGGUAGAGAGCGGUGGUGACUGGGACCGACGGAACCGCCUUAAGGCCUACGAGGGCUUGUAUCUAUUGACGGCCCGCAGCUACAACCUUGCGGCCCCGCUCCUGCUUGACAGUCUGUCGACCUUUACCUCGUACGAGCUCUGCAGCUACAGCAACCUGGUCAUCUACGCGGUGCUCGCCGGCUCCGUCUCGCUCAAGCGCGUCGAUUUCAAGUCCAAGGUCGUUGACGCCCCCGAAAUCAGGGCGAUUCUGGGCGAUGGUGAGGAUAAGUUACUCGCACUGACCGGUGCUAUUUCCGCGGGGCCUGGCGUCGACGCCGAGAUGCAGGACGCCAGUGCGGCUCCCUCGAGUGCUAAGAUCACAGCUGUGAAUCUCACUACCCUGGGAACUAGCGUCGACCAGCCCGAGGCGGAAAUGGCGGUCGACUUCGGCCCGCUCGCGCAGCUCGUGAGCAGCCUGUACAACGGCCGAUACAAGCUCUUCUUCCAGGCGUUGGCGCUCGUCGAGGAGCAAUUCCUCACACAGGACCGUUACCUGCAUGAGCACAAAGGCUGGUUCAUCCGCGAGAUGCGCCUCCGUGCCUACCAGCAGCUUCUGCAGAGCUACCGCGUGGUCGGGCUCGACAGCAUGGCCAACGACUUUGGCGUGACGGUGGACUUUUUGGACCGCGAUCUCGCCAAGUUCAUCGCCGCCGGCCGCAUUCCCUGCACCAUUGACCGCGUCGCGGGCCACGGCGUCAUCGAGACGAACCGACCCGACGACAAGAACAAGCAGUACCAGGACGUGGUGCGCCAGGGCGACCAGCUGAUCACCAAACUGCAAAAGUACGGGCAGGCGGUCCGGUUGAGAGGGAGUGAGAGGGCGUAG